UUCGACUGUGUGACGUCACAGACACCUGUCAUCGAUGUCUGCAGACGACUGUUGGUGCACUUUCAGGUGUUGUCAAUUACCGUGUAUUGAGAUGGGUGCAAUUAAACGCGGCAUGUGUGAUAUUUACAUGUUUCAGGCCCUCUUUAUUCGAGCCUGUUCAUGGACAGCUUUGUGAAGUGCAAUCUACUGUCCUACCCCUUAGCAUUGGUUUGUCAGGACAUACAGGAGCUGGCCUGCAGGCACUUUGGUGUAGAUAUGGAGCAGUGCCGCAGCCACUGGCACCAGGUACGUGCCAGUCUAAAGGGGACUGAUCAGUCAGCCGACCAGACCAUGACCUGGAUUACUGGCAACCUUUCUACCAGUCAUCCAGCUCUUUACAGAAUUGCUGCUGUGGGUCUCCUCCUCCCAACCUCUACUGCAGAUUUUGAGCGAGGAUUCAGCUGCCUGAAGAGAGUUAAGACUGAAAACAGGAAUUGUCUCUCUGUUAAAGUUCUAAACUAUCUUCUUGCCGUCUCCCUGUAAGGACCCCCAUUAGAAUCUUUCAACUUUGAGAAGGCAGUCAAGGCAUGGAAGGACAACAAACUAGAAGACAGGCCCUC